UUUUGAAGAAUGGUGGCACUCUGUCUUCUCACAGUGACUUGGCUUGGGGACACAAAAGACUGUGUUUGCUACCUCAGUUAGAAGAACCACUUCUGCCGAAACUUUAGAAAGAUCUUUGAGAAAGACUGGCACACUGAAAGACGGGAAGGGGGGCUUAAACACCAGAGGAGGUCGACACCCCCAGCUGGUUUCCAUUGCUCUGGUCCCUCAACCUUCUGUAAAAGUUUAAAAGACCGAUAGCUUUACAUCUGGAGAUUCAGAUACUUUAGAUUCGGCCCUGUCUUUCAGCCUCUAUCUAUUGCUCUUGACUGAAACCAUCCUUUCUUAUAGUCAACCCCACGAUUUGUACUUUCUCAGCGUAAAAUAAAAGUUCAGUGUCCAAGUGGGUCUUAUUUUUAACCUCAGAGUUUGGCAACAUGGUCCCUUCUUUUCUUAGAAAAUUCCAGCAGAUCUAACCCAGGUGUUGGCAGACUCCCUAGGGUCCAGGUGAAGGGAACCUGUAGGGAAGUGAGAAGGGUGACUGCUGCCCACAUCCGUUCUUCCUUUAAUCUCCACAGAGUGUCCAGUGAAAUGAAAUAUCCCAGUCCAGGAUACUGUGCUGGCCCUAGGUGCCAGGCCCUGGAGAAUUCCACCUACUUUCAGGGAGGCCCAAACACCUCUAGAUUCUGACCGCUGGGAUCCUCUUGGGCUGUCCUCUGUCUUCUACCUAACUGAGGAUACCCCCUCAAAGUCUCUUAUAGACAAGAAGCUGCUGCAUGAACUCCUUGCUGGUCAGCCUAGUAUGUUUCCCUAGAGAAUUUGUUCCCUCCAGGGAGUCUCACGCUCACGCCUCUAUUUCCCCCUAAGGACAUUUACUGGUUAGAAGGGGGAGCUAGUAGAUUUGGGGGGUCUUUGGAGUUGUGGACCUGUGUUGACUCACGUACGGCCUUUGCACAUACUAAAAGUACACGCAUGCAACCUGCGUGCACAAGGCAACUGGAGCUCUGGUAAAAUCCCAGACGCCUCUUGGGGGAAAGGGAGAUGGCAGACCCUGGUGUUCCUAUAUGUGGACACCGGAACUUUCUCCUCUGGAAGCUGUUCCACUCCCGUUCUCUGUCAUCUCCUCCUUUACCUCCUCUUUUUCUUCCUCCUAUUUCAAGGUCGCACAUCUUGGGAUGCUCCCUUGGGAGCUGUAGCUUGGCUCUCCAGGGACCUGUAUUUUACAGCUGGACGCCCCUGGAAUUACACGGAUCUGCAGAAGGAGAGGUGGUAUGCGAGUGGAAUUUCCCCUCUUCCUCCUUCUGGUGACCCCAGAGGUUGUAGGUUUCAGAGAGUGAGUGGAAAUGGCAGGCGGGCUGCGCUGCAGCAGGAGGCCGGAAGGUGACGGCCGACCUUAGGCGAGGCAGGAGGUCUUGGAUGUCAAACGUCCGAGCCCGCCGGGACCUGGGAAUGAAGGGCAAUUGUUGCUACUUGAUGGGAACAGACUGCUGAAAUGUUCCAAGGAUAGCAGCUACCGUUGGUGCUACAGCUAAAAUCGAGAAACGGUUAUUCAUCCAAAGCGGAAGCCCAGGAACUUCAGCAGGAGAGCAACAGCAAGAGCAGCUCUCUCAAGUUCAAGAUGCUUCUCGUCUUCUCCGGGAUAAUGCGUUCACGGUCCAGCCCUCAACCUAGUUCUUUUGUAGAGGGAAAGAUUUAUCCUGAAGUUUUUCUCCUCCUCCUCCUCUCUUGUUUCCCUUAUAGACAAUGUAAUUUAUGGCGGAGAAAACAUUAAUAAUAAUUAUAAUAAGGCUUAUUGUUGACUCCCACACAGACAUACUUCUCUGUCCCACGAAUCAAUUCUCUGUCCAAGACUUUUCAUUUCUUUUAUUUUUUUCUUUUUUCCUUUGGGCGAGGUGUCUGCUUCCCUCCAGCUCCCCGCUCUCGCUCCCCGCCCCCUGCCGCCCUCCCCGUAGCUCCCUUUCUCCGCCUCCUCGGCGAUUGCCAUCUGACAAGAUCUCCAAAUCAAAGUGAUAAAUCGCUCCAAACUUUUUUUGGCGGCGUUGAGAUGUUGGAGGGGCGUCUAGCGCGCAUGUGCGAAGGUGUCCAAACUGACAAUGCUAGAGAUAGCGAGUGUGGAUUGAGAGAAAGAGAGAGAGGGAGGGAGAGAGAGUGAAAGACGGAGUGUGGAAGUGUGUGUGCGUGCGUGACACACACAUACACACAGAGGGGAAAGAGAGAGAGAGAGAGAGAGAGAGAGAGAGAGAGAGAGAGAGAGAGAGAGAGAGAGGAGGGAGAGAGACCAAAAGAAGGAAAAGAUCCAAGAAAAAAAACCAACCACCCAGCAGCGACUGCAGGACUGGGCACAGCAUGAGAUCCAAAGGCAGGGCAAGGAAACUGGCCACAAGUAAUGAGUGUGCUUAUGGCAAUUACUCUGAAAUACCUUUGGAAGAAAUGCCCGAUGCUGAUGCAGAUGGGGUAGCCAACGUUCCCUCCCUCCACAUCCAAGAGCCAUGCUCUCCUGCCACAUCCAGUGGGUCAUUCACUCCCAAGGAGGGCUCUCCUUACAAAGCCCCCAUCUACAUCCCCGAUGACAUCCCCAUUCCUGAUGAGUUUGAACUUCGAGAGUCAAAUAUGCCGGGAGCAGGACUUGGAAUAUGGACCAAGAGGAAGAUUGAAAUAGGCGAAAAGUUCGGGCCAUACAUGGGAGAGCAGAGGUCGGACCUGAAAGAUUCCAGCUAUGGAUGGGAGAUCUUAGAUGAGUUUUGCAAUGUGAAGUUCUGCAUAGAUGCCAGUCAACCAGAUGUAGGAAGCUGGCUCAAGUACAUCAGAUUUGCUGGCUGUUAUGAUCAGCACAACCUUGUUGCAUGCCAGAUAAAUGACCAGAUCUUCUACCGAGUAGUCGCAGACAUUGCGCCUGGGGAGGAGCUCCUGCUGUUCAUGAAGAGUGAAGAGGAUCCCCAUGAGCCCAUGGCACCUGACAUCCAUGAAGAACGGCAGCACCGCUGUGAGGACUGUGACCAGCUCUUCGAGUCCAAGGCUGAACUAGCCGAUCACCAGAAGUUUCCAUGCAGCACACCCCACUCCGCCUUCUCCAUGGUAGAAGAGGACUUGCAGCAAAACCUUGAGAGUGAGAGCGAUCUGCGAGAGAUCCAUGGCAACCAGGACUGUAAGGAAUGUGACCGAGUUUUCCCUGAUCUGCAAAGCUUGGAGAAGCACAUGUUGUCACAUACCGAGGAGAGAGAAUACAAGUGUGAUCAAUGUCCCAAGGCGUUUAACUGGAAGUCCAACUUAAUUCGCCACCAGAUGUCACAUGACAGUGGAAAGCACUAUGAAUGUGAAAACUGUGCCAAGGUUUUCACGGACCCUAGCAACCUUCAGCGACACAUUCGGUCUCAACAUGUUGGUGCCCGGGCACAUGCUUGCCCGGAGUGCGGUAAAACAUUUGCCACGUCGUCAGGCCUCAAGCAACACAAACACAUCCACAGCAGUGUGAAGCCCUUCAUCUGUGAGGUCUGCCAUAAAUCCUAUACUCAGUUUUCAAACCUUUGUCGUCAUAAGCGCAUGCAUGCUGAUUGCAGAACCCAAAUCAAGUGCAAAGACUGUGGACAAAUGUUCAGCACUACGUCUUCCUUAAAUAAACACAGGAGGUUUUGUGAGGGCAAGAACCAUUUUGCGGCAGGUGGAUUUUUUGGCCAAGGCAUUUCACUUCCUGGAACCCCAGCUAUGGAUAAAACGUCCAUGGUUAAUAUGAGUCAUGCCAACCCGGGCCUGGCUGACUAUUUUGGCACCAAUAGGCAUCCUGCUGGUCUUACCUUUCCAACAGCUCCUGGAUUUUCCUUUAGCUUUCCUGGUCUGUUUCCUUCAGGCUUGUACCACAGGCCUCCUCUGAUACCUGCUAGUCCUCCUGUUAAAGGACUGUCAAGUACUGAACAGUCAAACAAAUGUCAAAGUCCCCUCUUGACACAUCCUCAGAUACUGCCAGCUACACAGGAUAUUUUGAAGGCACUGUCUAAACACCCACCUGUAGGGGACAAUAAGCCAGAGGAACUGCUGCCCGAGAGGUCCUCUGAAGAGAGGCCCCUUGAGAAAAUCAGUGACCAGUCAGAGAGUAGUGACCUUGAUGAUGUCAGUACACCAAGUGGCAGUGACCUGGAGACAACCUCGGGCUCUGACCUGGAAAGUGACCUUGAAAGUGAUAAAGAGAAAUGUAAAGAAAAUGGUAAAAUGUUCAAAGACAAAGUAAGCCCUCUGCAGAAUCUGGCGUCAAUAAAUAAUAAGAAAGAAUACAGCAAUCAUUCCGUUUUCUCAGCAUCUGUAGAGGAGCAAACCGCGGUGUCAGGAGCUGUGAAUGAUUCUAUAAAGGCUAUUGCGUCUAUUGCUGAAAAAUACUUUGGUUCCACAGGACUGGUGGGGCUGCAAGACAAAAAAGUCGGAGCGUUACCUUACCCUUCCAUGUUUCCCCUCCCAUUUUUUCCAGCAUUCUCUCAAUCAAUGUACCCAUUUCCUGAUAGAGACUUGAGGUCGUUACCUUUGAAAAUGGAACCCCAAUCACCAAGUGAAGUAAAGAAACUGCAGAAGGGAAGCUCUGAGUCCCCUUUUGACCUCACCACUAAGCAAAAGGAUGAGAAACCCUUGUCUUCAGUCCCCUCGAAGCUUCCAGCCACACCUGCCACAAGCCAAGACCAACCCCUGGAUCUCAGUAUGGGCAGUAGGAGUAGAGCAGGUGGGACAAAGUUGACUGAACCUCGAAAAAACCAUGUAUUUGGGGAAAAGAAAGGAAGCAAUAUGGAAACAAGACCGACUUCAGAUGGCUCCCUGCAGCAUGCGAGACCUACUCCCUUCUUCAUGGACCCCAUUUAUAGAGUAGAGAAAAGAAAGCUCACCGACCCACUUGAAGCUCUGAAAGAAAAAUACUUGAGACCUUCUCCGGGGUUCUUAUUUCACCCACAAUUCCCACUACCUGACCAGAGAACAUGGAUGUCAGCUAUUGAGAACAUGGCAGAGAAGCUGGAGAGCUUCAGCGCCCUGAAGCCCGAGGCCAGUGAGCUCCUUCAGUCGGUGCCCUCUAUGUUCAGCUUUAGAGCACCUCCCAACACCCUGCCCGAGAACCUGCUGAGGAAGGGGAAAGAGCGCUACACCUGCAGAUACUGUGGCAAGAUUUUUCCAAGGUCUGCGAACCUAACACGGCACUUGAGAACCCACACAGGAGAGCAGCCUUACAGGUGCAAAUACUGUGAUCGGUCCUUCAGCAUUUCCUCCAACCUGCAGCGGCACGUCCGCAACAUCCACAACAAGGAGAAGCCGUUUAAGUGUCACUUGUGUGACAGAUGUUUUGGUCAACAAACCAAUCUCGACAGACAUCUGAAGAAACACGAGAAUGGAAACAUGUCUGGUACGGCAACGUCAUCGCCUCACUCAGAGCUAGAAGGCACAGGCGCGAUCCUGGAUGACAAAGAGGAUGCCUACUUCACAGAGAUCCGAAAUUUCAUUGGGAACAGCAACCAUGGGAGCCAGUCUCCUCGGAACAUGGACGAGAGGAUGAAUGGCAGUCAUUUUAAAGAUGACAAGGCUUUGGUAACCAGCCAGAAUUCUGAUCUACUGGAUGAUGAAGAAGUAGAAGAUGAGGUGUUGUUGGAUGAGGAGGAUGAAGACAAUGAUAUGCCUGGCAAAUCCAGAAAGGAGCUGGGGCCAGCUAAUUUAGAUGAAGAAAUCCCCGAGGAUGAGUAUGAAGAAGCCGGUGCCCUGGAGAUGCAUUGUAAGACAUCCCCUGUGAGGUAUAAAGAGGAAGACUAUAAAUCUGGCCUUUCUGCUCUAGACCACAUAAGACACUUCACAGAUAGCCUCAAAAUGAGGGAGAUGGAAGAGAAUCAAUACACUGACGCUGAGCUGUCUUCCUUUAGUUCUGCCCAUGUGCCCGAGGAGCUUAAACAGCCGUUACACAGAAAGUCCAAGUCACAGGCGUAUGCUAUGAUGCUGUCACUGGCCGACAAGGAGUCCCUCCAUCCUGCCUCCCACAGCUCCUCCAACGUGUGGCACAGCAUGGCAAGGGCUGCAGCAGAAUCCAGUGCCAUCCAGUCCAUAAGUCAUGUAUGACGUUGUCGAGGUUGAGCAGAGUGGGACCAAGUCCAACAGUAGCAUGGCUCUUUCCUAGAGAACACUUUACAAGACUGCUGAGCAGAAUGCCUUAUCAACCGAAAGGGUCACUCAUUUCAAGUUUGGUGACCUUAAACUGAAUGAUUAAAGAAAAAGAGAGAGAAAAAAAA